AUGGCCUCUGCUCUCGUCGUCCUCUUCCUCGAGGGGUCCGACCCCAAACCCUCCAUCUCCGUCAGCCCCGGUGGGGUGAUCCCCGUGGGGGGAAAUGUCAUCAUCCGGUGUCGGCAUCAGCGCCUGGGCAUGAGGUUCCUCCUCUACAAGGCUGGAGAUGGGAACUCUCUGAAUUACACAGACCCUGCUGGCUCUGAGGCUGAAUUUCCCAUCACCAGCGCCAGACGGGAACACGGUGGCAGCUACACCUGUCGUUAUAGCAACAGAACAGGACCAGCUGCCUACUCGGAGCCCAGCCACCCUGUGCAGAUCAUUGUAGCAGAUCCCAGCUUACCCAGACCCUCCAUCUCUCUGAGCCCCACUGGGGUCACCUCCCCAGGGGCAGACGUCACCAUCCGGUGUCAGGGGCCGCACCGGUACAUGAGGUACAUGAGGUACAUGAGGUUCUUCAGGUUCUUCCUGCACAAGGCUGGAGACCUGAACCCGCAGCAACAGAUGGACCCUGCUGGGGACGGGGCCGAGUUCCGCAUCCCCACCGUGGGCCGGCAGCACGGAGGGAACUACAGCUGCAGCUACCGGCCCCGAUCAGAGCCCUUCGUCUCCUCAGAGCCCAGCAACCCCGUGCAGCUGGUGGUAGCAGGUGGAUCGGUAUCAAGCGCAGCACCGGUUCUGACCCGCCCCAUCAUCGCCGGGGUGAGCGCGGCGUCCGCCGGCCUCCUCCUCCUCCCCCUGGCCUUCGUCUGCUACAGAAGAACCCGAGGAAACUCCUCCAUUGAUGAAGGGAAACAGCCGCCGACCCUGGAGCCUGACCCCAGCACCUACGCGGAGCUGGACCGCCAGACGCUGCAGCCCAGUGUGUACGCCACGAUCAACGUGAGCCAGGGAGCCCUGCAGUGA